ACAGAUCUGUAAAGAGUUCACCGACCUGCUGGCUCAGGACCGAUCUCCCCUGGGGAACUCGCGGCCCAACCCCAUUUUGGAGCCGGGCAUCCAGAGCUGCCUGACCCACUUCAACCUCAUCUCGCACGGCUUCGGGAGCCCGGCGGUGUGUGCUGCCGUCACUGCCCUGCAGAACUAUCUCACCGAGGCGCUCAAAGCCAUGGACAAAAUGUACCUCAGCAACAAUCCCAACAGCCACACAGACAACAGCACCAAAAGCGGCGACAAAGAGGAGAAGCACCGAAAGUGAGGAUCUCACCCCCCAGCUCCUCUCCCUUCCCCCUCAUAGCCCAUCAAUCCAUUCAUCUCCCUCCUCCCUCUCCCCUGCACCCAGCACCUCAGGCUACAGCAGCAGAACAGCGUCCUUCUGCCAGUCCUGUUCACUGACUGCAGGACUGCUCUGCCCUCUCCCCGCACCCCUUCCCAGCAUCCACAUCUCCAUUUGCUCCCUCUAAACUUCCCCCUCCUCUCCCUGCUGCCACCAUCGUUUUACCCCAGUUUGGAGCCUAAGAGAACAGAACAGGGGGACGGAGCCAGCAAAGAAAAAAAGUUCUGUCUUGAGUUUGUGAACUUUUUUUUAAAUAAAACAAAAGGAGGAAAAAAAAAAAACCACACACACAAAAAACAAAACAAAACAAAAAAAGGACGAUUUUUUUUCUAAAAAUAUAUAAAAAA